ACACUGAUGAAGAUUAUAAUUAUGAUAAAUGUUUAUAUUUAUUGUAAUUUUAGAGAAUGCAAUGAAGGACCAAAGGAUUGGCCGUGCGAUGGGGGUCUGCAAGAAAGUGGUCAGUGCCUUCUCCUACAGUUGGAAAAAAAAGAGGGAGCUGAAAGAUGUUCAGAAGAGGAUGAAUCUGCCUGAGCAUUCUCUUAAGACAGAGUGUCCAACCAGGUGGGGGUCUCGGCAGGCUAUGAUUAGCAGGGUCCUAGAGCAGCAGAAGGCCAUUGCAGAUGUCCUCUACAAUGAUACCAAAAACAGACACCUCACCCCCUCAUGGCAGGACAUCGAUGUACUUGAGGCCAUCAACAAAUCACUAAGCCCUCUCGUUGAAUUCACCGAUGCACUUUCUGGGGAGCAAUAUGUGAGUGUGUCUUUUGUCAAACCAACUCUCCACCUGUUCAACACAUCCAUAUUGGCCGUGCAGGAGGACGACACAGACCUUGCAAAGUCCAUCAAGCAGAAGAUAGUGGGCUAUCUCAAUGAGAAAUACAAUGAUGCACCAACACAAGAGCUGCUGGACAUGGCCUCAGCCCUGGACCCAAGGUUCAAGCUUACAUAUGUGAGCGAAGACAUGCGCGGGUCAAUUGAAAAAAGACUUUCAUCUGAGAUGAAGACUGUCAUGGAGAAGGCCUCUGAGAGAGCAGUGACGCCUGCUGAUGACACUGAUGCCGCUGCUGCUACUGCACCAAAGAAGAAGAAAGCCCUGGGCAGCUUCUUCAAGCCGGUCACUGAAGGCACAGCUUCAACAUCCACUGCUCUGCAACCGGACCAGGACAAAGCCAUAGCUUUGGAGCUACAGUCCUACCUCCAGGCAGGGACACUGGACACUGAGGCGGACCCACUGGAGUGGUGGAAGGUAUCACAGCAGUUUUACCCACGGCUCUCAAACCUGGCAAGGAGAUAUCUUUGUAUCCCGGCCACAAGCUCCUCGUCAGAGAGGGUUUUCAGUACAGGCGGUAAUGUUGUCACCUGCCUGCGCUCAUCCCUGAAACCAGACCAAGUGAACAGACUGGUGUUCUUGGCUAAAAACCUUUAA